AGCGUCGCGGCCAGCCAAUUCAGGAGAGUUUGACUGAUGGACGAACGUUCGGUAGUGCAAAAGACUCCAUUCGUACGCGUGGUGUGACUUUCCGUUUAUAAUCAGUGUCAGGUUGUGUUACCGGUGUAACGUGUAGAAGUUCUUGCUGAAGUCCUGUAUAAGCAUACAAACGGUGGACUUAACAAAACUUGUAAGUGAAUGUUCUAGUGUGUCUUUCUAUUUCCAUUUAGUUUACUGCGAAUAUCAUCACAAUCACCGAAGGAGUGUCCAUUUUCGUCACACUGUAUUAAGUUUCUAUUUUCGAUGAUUGCUUCAUACUGAGCCGGGAGAUUUACACAGAAGGGGAUAUAAAUAAUCUAUCUUUCCCAAUACUAAUAAUUUCUUGCGUAUGAAAUGGUAGACGGAGUAUAAUGGACUCUACUAGCUACAGGAUGUGUACGUUCAGAAAAGUGUGACCACAUCGUCUGGUGGAAGUGAGUGAAAGAACUUCGUGAAUAAUGUAAACCCGUGCCUGUUUUACAGAUGAGACAUGGAGAAGUCUCAAGAAGAAAGCAAGAACAUAACUUAUUGCAUUUGGUAUGGUGCUGGGUGGUGACUGAUACUGCAGUGACAUGCCAAUGUCGUGUGGAGUGUUAAAACGUGAAACGCAAGAUACAAAAUAUGACGCGCUUUGGCUAGCAGAGAAAAGAGAGUGAAUUGUGGAAACCGUGAAGAAAAUGCAGCGCCUUGUCCUCACCUUACUGGCGUCGACCUUUGUCACCGGCGCUGCGUGGGAGGCGCAAGAACGGGACUUCUGGUACGAGGAAGCCAGAGCCGCUUUACGACGCCGGCUGUCUAGUGAUGGCAGCACGGGGUCCGCGCGCCCUGUGGCCCGCAAUGUGAUUCUAUUCGUGGGUGAUGGAAUGGGACUGGCUACUAUCACCGCUUCUCGAAUUCUCCGAGGCCAGAGGGAAGGACGUCCGGGUGAAGAGACACGGCUCGCCUGGGAGCACUUUCCCGCUGUGGCGCUUGCUAGGACGUACAACUCUGACGCCCAGAUAGGCGAGUCCUCUGCUUGUGCAACGGCUCUGUUGUGUGGUGUGAAGGCCAAUUUCGAGACUGUUGGUCUCGACUCAGGUGGUCGAUUCGAGAACUGUUUCUCCAGCUUCUCGUCCCGAGUCCCCUCAUUAUUCGAUUGGGCUCAGCAGGCAGGCAAAGCGACAGGGCUGGUGACAAACACUCGGGUGACGCAUGCAACCCCUGCGGCGCUGUUCGCCCAUUCGCCCAGCCGAUACUGGGAGGACGACGGAAAAGUGACACCAAGCGCCCGAGCCACUUGCAAGGACAUCGCCCGUCAACUCGUAGAGGACGAACCGGGCCGUCACAUAAAUGUUGUACUUGGCGGAGGGCGACGACAUUGGCUACCUAAAGUAUCACGUGACCCUGAGCCUCCCGGAGAGGAAGGUCGUCGCUUAGAUGGACGUAAUCUCAUUGCUGAUUGGCUGCGCGAGAAGAAGCGAAGAGGUUUGCGGGCUGAAUACGUAUGGAAUCGUGCAGAAAUGGAGCGGGUUGACCCCCGUCGUGUUGACCACUUGCUGGGUCUCUUUGCGUAUUCUCAUCUCGACUUCGAAGCGGACCGAGACACAGGGCCUAAUGGAGACCCUUCAUUGGCUGACAUGACCCGUGUCGCUCUGUCCAUCCUAGCCAAGAACCCGCGAGGGUUCCUCCUCUUUGUUGAAGGCGGUCGCAUAGACCACGCUCAUCACUAUAACAACGCAUACCGGGCUUUGGUGGAGACUCUAGCGCUGGAGGCCGCUCUGUUGGCAGCCCUGCCUCUUGUGGACCUAGCAGACACGCUGUUGGUGCUCACAGCCGAUCACUCGCAUGUGAUGACGCUUGGAGGUCUGGCCACGCCCCGAGGGAAUCCAAUUUUAGGAAUAGACAGCAAAACGUCAGAUGUGGAUGGUUUACCCUACUCCACUCUGCUCUAUGGCAACGGACCUGGUUUCUCCCAGCCUCGACCUGUGCCCAGCAACUCCUCCUCCUCAGAGACGGCGGGCCGCAAUUCCGUGCAUGGAUCUGCUGUGCCCCGACAAUGGGCCACUCAUGGGGGAGAAGAUGUCCCAAUCUAUGCCCAGGGUCCGCUAGCGUCUCAGCUCUUCUCUGGUUCCUUUGACCAGAGUUACAUUCCUCAUGCCAUCGCUUACGCUGCCUGUCUUGGCGAACACAGCCAGCGCUGCAACGGCGGUCCUGAUAACUACUCAGCAAGUGAUCCAGGGCCUGCCGCUUGUUCUGCCCCAGCACCGGAACCCAAUCCCGGUGUUGUCCGCGGAGGUGUUGUUGUCGCCAGUAGUGUCAUGGCCGACGACAGUGCAUCUCCGCAUGGUGUGGCUACAAGUAGAUACGGUGCAAGGAAUUUCGUUAUGUUUAUUGCGGUGGUGCUCGUGACUUGCGUUGUAUCAUAUGGCUUCGAAGUUACUUAGUGCCCAAAUGGAAGACACAUAUAUUUCUUAGUCUUGUCCGAAUUAUUAUAAGGAUUGGAAGACAUACUGCCAUGAUUCCAGAGUCUUAAAUAUAGGUGAUACUGGAUAAUAACUAAGGAGAUAUAUUUUGAAAAUACUGUGUCCAUUGCGAAUAUUAAGAUGAUAAUCUGUAGCCUAUAAUCCAUUACGGUCCAACACGAAUAAGCAACGAAACUCUCAGACCACAUUGAAUGAAAGUAAUUUGUAGUUUCAGUUUUUAACUGCAAACCUUUGUAGGCAUUGCCCAUAACCAGUCAACGUAAGCCAUUACCUUCCCUUUAAGUAAAGCAAAAGCUGCAGUAUGAUAAACGUUUUGUUCACAUUAAUUAAUGGUGCGAAGUCGAUUAUGUGGAACCCUGAGUUGAAGUUUUGUCUAUUAUAAUCGGAUCUCAUGGAAUUAUAGUGUUAAGUAACUUAUGUUUGGAGAAGAGUGUACGACGAAAAUGACGACCAAAAUUAUGUGGAGAAUCCGUGCUGACCACAGGAAACCUAUCUUGUGCCCUUAAAUAAACAAUGACUGCUACACUUCGAACUUGUUUGUCCAUAGGGUUACAGAUUGUCUUUAGUAAUUCAUGCAGUUUGAAUGUGACUGGAAGUUUGAAGAGACGAAAACCGAACAUCAUCAAUAAUAACAACGUGUUACUUUUGGAGUGGAAUACUAUGCAAUCAAAGUUCGUAAUUCUCCUUUACCCAACGAGGAGCAAUUGUGUAGAAUAAGCUUCAAGAUAACAACACUGUAUUCGCCACCAUUUUGUCUGAAUCUUAUGAAUUCAUCGUUCCUCUGCAAUUGGAGUCAUUCAAGAAAAGCUGAAAAUUUGAAGAGUAACUGGUUUUGUGAAAAUAUUAUCGCUCCAAAGACGUGAAUAUACCUGUCGAGUCAGUGGUUUCAGUGGCAGUCUAAACUGCAUCCACGCUCAUUUGAAUAUACAUGAAAGGUGGCACAAAAAUUGAAAGUUUUCCCAGUUCAAAAGAAAAAAUAUCUAUAUGCCUGUAUAUUUUUGUGAGGGAAAAAAAUAAAUAUAUACAUAAUAUCAUAUAUGUUAAUGUAUUUCGAACCAGAAUUAAAAGGGACUUAUACAAUUUUCGGUUUCACAUAGAUUUAUUAGUAUUCAAAUUUUAAUCUUGAAGGCACAUGAAGGCCUGAUCGCUCUUCAAACUUAUCUCAGUUUCAUUACAAGAGUAAGAUGAGCUUCAAUCUCCCUUUCAGCAAAAGUUGCUGCUCCGUUUUGCACUGGCUUCUGCUGCCAAUAUUUAAUCACUACAUAGUUAAAAUGACUUAAAGUGCGUAUGAAGAAUCAUCAAAUCCGUUACGUGUGUAAAGUUGGUAUCACUUGAGGCUACUGCAGUAUGUUUGGAACUGAAACACAUACCAUUAUUGUUCAGUGGUGCUGAGAAUGAUACAACUGUCAGUUCUGAACACCACAUCAACACUGCAUGGCACGAGAAUUGUUAUUUUGUUGUCUGCGUUAUCUUAAGCAUGCGCGAAGAGGCUAGUACCUUCUGGUAACCUAAAGUAAUAUUAAUUUACACUAAUUUAUGAGAUAUACUUAUCCAAUUGUAAUACAUAUUGCCUAUUUUCUACUUCAUGAAUAAUAUCCGUUUUCUAUUUUUGUUCAGAAGGUCGCCAGUAUUAGAAUUUCAGAAAGGCUGUGAAAUAAAAUUUUUACUGAGGUGCCAAAUGGGAAUCUUAUGAGGAAUGGGAAAUUUUGUUGUGUGGCUAGACUGAGACAACAUCCAAAAAUUAUAUAAUUUUGGCUUUUCUAGGAAAAUUUCACAUUUUUACCAAGAUGUCUAUGACUAUUAACGGAGUAUUCAAGAAGAGGAAAAUUAUAUGAAACGGAAAAAUUAAAGUAAGACUAGUUCCUAGUCCUCGGGGAUCGCACAGGUCAACUGGUGAAGUGAGGUUAUAACUGCAACUUCAGGAACUCAAUGAAGGCACUCGUAGUUCCAGUUCUAGAGGUAAGAACCUUCAAGGAAAUAAAAGUAAACAUAUUAGAAUGUUAGCAGAAUGUUAUAUGAAUGAGAUAAUAAAUACGUUUCUCUUAUCAUAUAUGCUGCAGAGUAGUCUGUUGUUUAAAGAAUAUAGAAGCAUGGAAAUUUUUCUGAAAUUGAAUCGACAGGUUGGACUGAGAGCCUGAAGUAGAACCCUUAUGUAAAUAUUGUGAUUGAACUCAUUAUUUUCCAGUACACUUUCGCAGUAAUAAGAUUCCGGUGAAGUAUGGUGCACUCUGCACAGUUAAACUUUGCUGCAUGCAGUACGUACAAUUUGAAAGUUGUGUGUAGUUAUGAAGCUUCCAAAACUAACAACAAAAUUUAGGAAUACAUGAAUGAAAUUUAUUCCUGUGUGUAAGACUUAUUUCAGAAAAGCAUUCAAGAUGCUGUUAAAAAGGUUUCUGUAAUUGCUAGUGGGGGGGGGGGGACCAAGUUCCUCGUACUGCGGCCACUUCUGGCCUAU